UUAUAACGAUUACAAUAAGGGAAGCUUGAAUAGGAGAUUUUUGUUGUGUACUUGAUUAUUCUCUUUAGAAAAUAGACCCAGUCUUGCAUGUGCUGGUGAAAGGAUGAGUCUGUAACAGGUGCAGUUUUUGUCUCUACUGCCUCUCACUGUAGUGUGGCUUUUACACGCAUGUGGCUUUUACGCGCAUGCAAAUGGGUUUUUGAGUAUUAAUUAAUUGGACUGUUUAAUAAAGACAUGUCCACUACCACACACGAAUCUGGAGUAUAAACCACACCUUUCGUUUCCAAUUUAAAUAACUAUUAACAGAAGAAACUAAAUGAGCCUGAGGUGCAGCAGUUCCCGUUCCUGUCGAUAAGCUUGUACAGCCGGUUGCACCACCGAUCCCUCGGACAGAUUUUAAAUUUACCUCUGUUCUCCUUGUGUUUUUCUCAUGAAGUUUACCAUGAGGCACCUGGGAGUGCUGCUGGGCUCGUUGGUGGCUUUCACCCUACUCCUAAUGGUCUUUGUUUACUCGAGGAGUACCUUGGAGUUCGAACUGACCAAGACCAACUAUUUCAAGAAUGUAAAUAAUAAAGUAACCAGUGACGUGCUGAAGGAGACCAAGAGCAACAUUGAUGAUACCAACAAGAGGCUGAUGCAAAAAAGGAAAAGGAUUCAGGAACUUACAAAAGAAAUCAAAGCAUUUCAGGAGGCUGCAGAUGGGAAAAAAGCCAUGCUGAACACAUGCAACAAUGAUCUGAGUCAGAUCAAGGCUGAAAUUGUUUCUCUAGAAGAAACGAGAAGCAAAUCUGACACUGAGUUUCAACAGAAGAAGUCCGAUUUAAUUGAGCAGAUAAACAAACUCAAGACAGAACUUGAGAAACGCAGCAAUCUGUGUAACUACAUCAACAAGCGCUCCGUAGAGGGGAUGAAACUUUGUGGUAUUGUAGCUUUUCUACAAUCCUAAAGUUGAAGCAGCCUAAUGAGAGGCAAAGUCAGGAGCUACAACGAUACAUGUCAAGAGGUUAAAGCUUUGAGGGCAGAGAAGAUAAAUAUGAACUAAAUAAUAAAACAAAACAGUGACAACUCAGGGCUUAAUUAUAUAUAAAUCAAAAGGAAAACAUGCACAAAUACACAGUCAGACUUAAAUUAUGCACAGACACAAAUACAAGUUAUACUUGCAUAGAUUUCAUUCUAUUACUUGGUCAAUCAUUAAGUACCCUGAUAUGUUGUCUGCUUUUCUUCUUUUUUCUGACAUGUGAGCUUCUUUUUUUUUUUCUUCUUUUUUUUUUGUCAUUUCUGAAUAGAUUUUUGUAUUUGGUGAACAUUCAGUUGCUACAUUUGCAUAUUAAGUAUUAAGUUAUACAUCACAUUAAGAGGAUUACUACUUAUUGUCAACAAUGAUUUGUGAGUACAUGUAUAUGUGUAUUAAAUAAAUUUGUCAUGUU